UUAGCACCGAGUUAUACUCGCGAACAAAAUCCCAACAGAGGACAUUAAGAAGGAUAUAUAUCGAACUGUUAUUUGUGCAAGUUAUCUCUGUAAUAAGAAAGUGACACAAAUCUUAACUGGUUCAACAUAGAACGUGCUGAUAAUAAUGGAUCUCCUUACUAAAUAUUGUACCGGAAGAAUGUUAUAUGUUAACGCGGCAGCAUGUGUAUCAAUAUUAUUAUUAUUUAUGGGAUUAUCAAUUGGAUUAAAAACAAAUAAAUUUAAAGGUAGCGAUGCAUUAGAUCUGGCACCACUUAUCGAUGGACAUAACGAUUUACCAUACAAUAUAUAUGUAAAAUUAAAUAACAAUUUAACGGCAUAUCCAUUUGAAAAAUUACUCACUAAUGAUCCAAUUUGGGGAAAACGAGCAUGUUCAACAUGUUACACGGAUUUGCCACGUUUGAAAGCUGGGAAAGUUGGUGGACAGUUUUGGGUUGCGUAUGUAUCCUGUAAUUCACAAUACAAAGAUGCGGUACAAUUGACAUUACGUCAGAUAGAUGUAAUUAAAAGAUUUAUAAAUCUUUAUCCAGACCAUCUGCAAUUGGUUAAAAAUGCAAGAAAUAUCGAAGUUGUUUGGAGAAGUGGUAAAAUAGCAUCGAUGAUUGGAGUCGAAGGUGGACACUCUUUAGACUCUAGUUUAGCUGUAUUAAGGAUUUAUUAUGAAUUAGGAGUUCGUUAUGUCACAUUGACGCAUACUUGUAAUACACCUUGAGCUGAUGCAUCUACCGUUAAUGAUGGAUAUGCAUAUAAUCUUACAAGAUUUGGAGAAACCUUCGUUUAUGAAAUGAAUCGUCUUGGGAUGUUGAUAGAUCUGUCACACGUUUCUCACAAUGUCAUGAGACAAGUUCUUGCUAUUUCACGAGCACCCGUUAUAUUUUCUCACUCUUCCGCAUUUUCUAUUUGUAAUAAUUAUCGAAACGUUCCUGACGACGUAUUGCACUUGGUAAAGGAAAAUGAGGGUAUCGUUAUGGUAAAUUUUUAUUCGCAAUUUCUUAAUUGCAAUAAAUUUAAAAACGCAACAAUACAAGAUGUUGUAGAUCAUAUUAAUCAUAUUAGAAGUAUUGUUGGAGUAAAUCACAUCGGUAUUGGUGCUGAUUAUGAUGGUGUAGAUAAUGUACCAGAAGGUUUGGAAGAUGUAUCAAAAUAUCCAUCCUUGUUUGAACGUCUGUAUCAAAGCCGUGAAGGAGAACAAGAAUGGAGUAAGGAAGAUUUAGAAAAAUUAGCUGGAAGAAAUUUUAUCACAGUUAUGACUAAAGCAGAAAUGGUUCGCAAUUCAAUGUCGUCUCAUCCACCUAUUGAAGAUAUUAUUGCAGCAAGAGAUAUAUUCCAAGCUCAAAAGAAUGAAGGACUCGAGCCAGGAUCUUGUCAAACUGCAAAGGAGUGGAAUGAGGUAUUAUAUUUAUAUGCUAUAAAUAAAACGAGACAGACUGACUCAAAUGAUUAUUUUUAGGUAAAAGAUAAUGCGUAUUUUUAGAUUUAAAACAACAUACUAUUCGUAAAUGUUUCUUAAUACAUGAUACAUCUUUAUAUUGUUUUAUAAGUAUUAAGUUUCUUUUAUUGAAAUUCAAAAAAUCUAUUCCAAUCCAAACAAAUGACAAUUAACGUUACGUCCGAUAAUGGCACAAAAGUCUUGCCUGAAAAGAAAUAUUUAUAAUGUAAGAUUGACAUAAAAAAGUUUUCAUAUUUUAAAGAA